AGACGAUUUGGACGACUGGAGCCCGGACAGGAUGAACGCCGACAGAUACACCCUGGGCGUGGCCCUUUUCGCCAGUUUGGGCACUUUCAGUUCCUAUAUGGAUAUGACACAGGCAUUGUGACUACUACCAUUGCGCACCCAAGCUGGGUUGCUUAUAUGAACCAUCCCGAUCCAGCCCUUGCUGGUGCUGUCGGUGCAAUUUACAUCGGUGGCGAGGCCGUCGGUGCGCUCCUGCAGAUCGCCAUCGGGGACAAGCUGGGCCGCUUGCGUUACAUGGAAUUACUUUGUGUCAUUGUCACGAUUGGAUGCAUCAUACAGACGGCUGCAGUCAAUAUUGGCAUGCUGCUCACUGGGCGAAUCCUCACGGGAAUUGCAGUUGGGUCCUUCUGUGCCACGGUCCCAGUUUACCUGUCCGAAAUCAGUGACCCCAGACACCGUGGCUUUAUCGGCGGUCUUUCUGGAGUCAACUUGUCUUGCGGCAUCAUGGUAUCGAAUUGGGUAGGGUUUGCCUGCAACUAUGCCCCUUACGGACAGCUCCAGUGGCGUCUUCCUCUCGCUUUGCAGAUUCCAUGGGGAGUCAUCAUGUUCAUUGGUCUGGUCACCUUCAUGCCGAAUUCGCCACGUCACCUCCUCAGGCAGGGCAAGGUCGAAGAAGCACGCGGCGCAUUCAUCCGGGUCCGACGUGACCUCCAGUCCCACGAGGUGCAGCAGGAGUUUGCCUUGAUGAAGUCACAAAUCGCCUUUGAACAGGAGCAACGCAGCCCUUCUUUUAUGAGUGCCUUCCAGCGUUACCGUCGGCGCGUCUUGGUGUCUAUCUCGGUCCAGGUCCUAACCGCCAUUACUGGUGUCAAUGUGAUUCAGUACUACCAGACGACACUCUACAAAUCACUGGGUAUUCAGAGCAAGACUGUCCUGGCCCUGACUGCUGUCUGGGGGACAUGCGUAGCAGUACUGGAUGAACGGAGAGGUGUCAGCGACCUAAUUGCGUCACAAGAAAUUUUCAUCGUGAUUUUGAAUGGGAGUACCACUUUUUCUGGUCCGCAGCUCCAAUCACACCUAGAUUAACCGCGCAACAUAGUUUCCAGGGAGAUCUGAGCGCAGCUAAGCCCCUAGCAGAGAUUCAUAUGCUGCAUAUUGGAUCAGGUCGUCUAAAUAUCGUAUCCUCCAGCUCUCAAAGUCGUAUCCUUCCGAUCUCAAAUUUUGAUUUUUCAAGUCUCGCAGUCGCUCUUUCCUUUUGCUGU